UCUUCAAUUAAGCCAUUCGUUCCAUUUCAUUUCGCCAGGAAUACUGAUGGCACCUUCCUCGGAUAUUGAUAUCGACCCAGCUUCUGAAGAGGUUCUGCUUACCUUUUAUCGUCGACUAUAUCCUUUCAAGCAACUAUUCAAAUGGUUGAACCGUGGGCCAGAAAGAGCAGAGAAAGAGUCACGUCUUUUUCUGUAUCGAGAGUUCGCCUUCACUCUGCGUAACGACGCUUAUCUUCGCUACAAUUCGUAUUUGAGCGACUUCAAGAUGAAGAAGCAUGUUUGUCUUCUUACUCCAUCGCGUUUUGAGAUAGGGCCUGUUUAUUCCACUCAGCCAAAGGAUAAGAAGACCGUUUGUCCCACUCACUUUAGAGCGGAAAAGCGCGAAGUAGUGUUUGAUAUAGAUAUGACGGAUUAUGAUCCGAUUCGAACAUGCUGCUCUGAGGCUAAUAUCUGCAAACGAUGUUGGGGGUUUAUUGCCAUUGCCGUGGAAGUCCUAGACACAGCUAUUCGUGCACAAUUUGAAUACACUAAACUGCUCUGGGUAUACUCUGGUCGACAAGGUAUCCAUUUAUGGAUAUCGGACAAGGAGGCAUUCGAGUUGAACGACGAUCAAUGGAAGGCCAUGGUGGAAUACUUGACGGUCAUAAAAAAUGGGAAGGAACCUGGAAAGAGAGUCAACGUGCGCUUUGGCAUGAAAGAUCUACCACCUCCAUUAAAAGACGCCUGCCAGGCUAUUAAUCAAACUUUUGAUGAUCUUAUCCUUCAAGACCAAGACUGUUUUGGCUCUCAGGAAGGAUACGAAACUCUUUUCUCUCUUAUACCUGAUGCCAAGUUGGCUUCGCGACUUCGUGAAAAAUGGUCACAAAAGCCAAACAGUCCGUCGUAUAUAAAAUGGGACGAGAUGAGAACGGAGAUAUUGGCAUUGAGAGACAAGCAUGCAAGACAAAACAUGAGAUAUGCCAUGGAAGACAUUCUUCUACAAUAUGCUUAUCCUAGACUGGAUGCUGAAGUUUCAAAGCAUCGUAAUCAUUUGUUGAAGGCCCCGUUCUGUAUACAUCCCAAAACCGGACGAAUAUGUGUUCCUAUUGACCCUAAUCGGAUUAGGGAGUUUGAUCCCGCAACAGUGCCCACAGUAGACUGGCAACGGACAUCCCUCAAACCCUACAUUGACAUGUUCGAAGAAUAUGUGAACAAUGUUCAAGAGAAGCAAACCAAGAUUGAAAUGAGCACCUAUUCACGCAUUUCUGAACCUGUUGUACCUGGAUUAACUCACUAUCCUCCACAGUUACUGACCGUCUGCAUCACAAUGAUAAUUCUCAAUUAG